CAAGUCACAACAGCUAGGCUUUAACUUGUCAUUACUCAUUAGAUUAUGAAGCUACCAGUCAAAACAAACAGUCAAGUCAAGACAUUUUGUUUAUUAAAAUUCUUAUUACCAGUUUGGAAAUUAGAUGUCAUCACUACAAGAAAAUGGAUUAUUCCCGACGCAGAAAACGACGUCGGCAUAAAAAACGUCGGGAAUAAGGGUUUUCCCGACGCCGUGAACACCGCGUCGGGCAACGCGUCGGGAAAACACUAUUUCCCGACGCACCAAGAAAGCGUCAGCAAGAAUUCAUCGGGAGAAGGGUAAAUUAAAUUUUAAAAACAAACUAUUCCCGCGCCGUGCACAGUGCGUCGGGAACGGCGUCGGGAAAAGGGGUUUUUCCCGACGCACUGUUAGGCGUCGGGAAAACACUAUUUCCCGACGCACCAAGAAAGCGUCGGCAAGAAUUCAUCAGGAGAAGGGUAAAUUAAAUUUUAAAAACAAACUAUUCCCGACGCCGUGCACAGUGCGUCGGGAACGGCGUCGGGAAAAGCCCCUUUUCCCGACGCACUAUUAGGCGUCGGGAAAACCGUUUAAAGAGCGUCGGGAAUGCCCCUUGUCCCGACGCUUUUAGGGGGAGUUCCCGACGCCGCGGCACUGCGUCGGGAAAUCUCCUUUUUAAUCGUUUCCGUUCUGUAAUUUACAGAACCGAAACCGAGAGAGAAAACGAGAGGAGAAGCCGAGAGGGGAGAAGAGAGAAUCGUCGUUCCCGUUCCGUGUUCUGCCGCCGUCGCUCGCCGUCGUCCCUUGCCGCCGUUUAGCCGCCGUCUGCCACUUUAGGUAAGUGGAAGUUUAAAUUUUAUUUAGUUUAAAUUUAGAUUUUUGUUGAUUGAUUUAUCCAUUUGUAAUUUUUCUCCAUCGUCCUCCCCUCCUCGUCCUAUUUGGCCACCACCGGUCUCAAUAAAUGUUUGUUUGUUUUUUUCUUUUUUUGUUUCAAAGUUAAAAAAAUGUAUGUAUUAAAUUAACGUAUAUUCAAAUUGUUUGCUAGAUAGAGUUUAUUGAAAUUGUUUAAAGUUCUUUUUUGUUUUUGUUUUAGUUUUGCUUUAGUUAAUUAGUUUUAGGAUUAGUUUUAGAAUUUAGAUUUUGAAAUAGUUUUAGGAUAUAGAUUUUCAAUUAGUUAAAGGUUUUAGUGUUGAAUUUGAAUUUGAAGUGGUUUUAGGAUUUAAGAUUGACAUUGAGAUUAAAGUUGAAAUUGAAUUUGAGAUUGAUAAAAAAUUUGAAUGUGUAGAGAUUUUUGAGGUUAUAUUGAAUUGGGGGGGGGGUGUUUAUUGAAUUUGAGAUUGUGAUUUAAUUUGAAUUUAAGAUUGAUUUUGAGAUAAAGAUUUAAUUUGAAUUUGAAUUUAAAUAUGCAUACGAAUAUGAAUUUGAAUUUCAAUUCCAAUUUGAAUAUAUAUAUAUAUAGAUAUAGUGUCUUCAUUUAUUGAGACCCUAUUAUAUAUAUCUUUGUCAUGCCAACAAAAAGUGUCUUCAGGCUCAUUCUAUCAUUUUGUUUCUUUAUGUAUAAUAUAAACUUCUUUUUGAUAUCCUUCCAUUAUUCAAUUCAAUAAUAAACUAGAAGCCAAGAUAUAAUUUGUCCAAAAUGCUCUCUAUUUCAUUUUCAACAACAACUACAACAAUAAUUAUUAUGAAAUGAAAUUACUACUUAUCUGGGGAGAGGGAGGUUUAAGUUAAAUUGAAAAUGUUUGUUUUCUAUGUCCAUAGCCAUUAUGUCAUAUCGUCGAUCAAAUUUUAUGGAGACGGACGAUAUGUUCCUCCAGUUUGAGGACGAUUUAGAUAAUAACAUCGCGGGAGGGUCAUCAUCUGUAGGCGACAAUACGGGUGAGUCUAAGAAUUUUCUUCAUUUUAACUUACAAAUAUUUCAUGUUCUUUUUUCUAACUUUAUAUGUUAUUAUCGAUUUAUUGAGCAGAGUCUUCUUCUCAACAAGCGACUCCGACUCCUAGGAGGCAGUCUCGACUCUUGAAGUUAGAGCGCCACGUUGCAAUAAAUAGGCGCAUUCCGAUGACGAUCGCCCCUGGAGCGGAGAAGCCUAUUUCUCCACACGCCGUUCGCUUCAGCCAGGCGAUAGGCGUGUGCGUGCGAAAGACAUUUCCCGUCCGCUGUCUUAAGUUGGCGGACGUUGGGAGAGAAUACAUUGAGGUCGUCAAGGGCGACCUCCAGCGAUUGUUUGUGCUUGAUUUCAAUGAUCAAGCGAUGAACAGGUUUGUUGAGCAUCAGAUGCUCACGACCUUUAAAGAGUUCCGGGCCGACUGUCAUAGACAUUUCAAAAAGUACAGCAACCCGAAGGAGGCUCAUGCCAACCCACCAAACGCAUUGGUUGGACGUGAUGAGGAUUGGCACUUCCUCUGCGACCAUUAUAUCAGUCGUGCAUUCCAGGAGCAAUCACGGACGAACAAGGCUGCUAGACAGAAGCAACCUUACAAUCAUAGUAGCGGGUCCAAGUCGUUUCUACAACGACAGUUGAGCUCGCUGAAAGAAAAAGGGAGCCGGUCGAUCGUGUGGAAUUGUUUCGGGAAACACACGUUCGAGCUGGGACAUUCGUGUCGCAGGCCGCCGAGGAUGCGCAUAAUCAAAUGCUGGAACCCCAAUCCCAGCCUACCCCAGAGGGUAGUCAGCCACUCUCUGAGGAUGAGAUAUGCGAUCAGGUGUUGGGUAGACGACCAGGCUACUCAAAAGGCCUUGGUUGGGGACCCAAGCCGAAGGCCCGCAGAACGGCGAGUGCAAGGUUCGUCGACAUCUUGUUCGCAGUCCACAGAAAAAGAGAUUGAAUUACAAGCUAAACUUCAAGAAGCUUUGGAACGGAUUGAAGUACAAGAUACAAAUCACCAAGCAUUAGCUUCACAAGUGGAAAGUAUGAAAAAGAUGAUAGAAGAAUUUACUCGUGCACAACAGGGACCACCACAUGAUCCCUAGCUCUGCGGACCGAAGGUGUAGAAUGACGCGCAUACGCACCUCGUUGGAAGACUUUUUCUUAUGUUUAUGUUUUUUCUAUUUUGAGAACUAUAUUUAUUGUAGUGAACUAUAUUUUCGUAUUAUUAAUUUUAAUUCUAUUUUUUUAA